GAACAUCUACACUCUCUCCCGCACACUCCCUUAAACACUCAUUUCAUUGUCCCAAAGCCUGGAAAGAGGGAUUUACAGGACAGUUCUCCUUCUGUCUGAAACCUUAUUUUAAACAACGGAUUUAGCUCGUGUUGCCUUUAAGCCGGCUGAUUUCCAUAAUCAUGAACGGGUAGUCUGCGCGUGGAUCUACACCGAGUUUGACUGACCGACACCUGCACACUCUCUAUCUCUCCUUUCCUCUCUUUUGUCUCUGACAUCUCUGCAGCUCACAGCCAGCAGCGCUGGAAGAGGAGGAGCAGCGGCGUGUACCUGACACCUACAGCCGCGCGUCGCAGUUCUCUUCCCGAGCAGAAACACCCUGCAGGACUUGCCCGCCACGGGUGCCUCCUUCUAUCGCCAGGUUGUCCGUGUGCAGUUUGAACGGGGAACACGGCUUCUGCUGACGGACUGAAAACUCUUUAAAAAAUAAAAAAAAUAGCAACAACACAUUGAAGACAGGGGACUUCGAACAACUCCUGCUUGAUUCACUAGGACCAGACAUCUUUAGGAUUUUCUGACUGACUGUAAGAAAGAAAAGGACUACAAUUCAGAAGAUGCGUCCCCCGGUGUUUCUCUGUGUGUUGCUGUGUCUGUCUGCAGCGGCGGGCCCGGUGGCCGGGGCGGACCGAAGCUGCUCCGACCUGCGGCAGUUCUACACCGGGAAAGGGUUCACUCUAGUAGAGGUACCUCAGACGGAGAUCUCCGGUGAACAUUUGAGGAUGUGUCCUCAGGGUCCAACUUGUUGUACCAGCACCAUGGAGGAGAACCUGGGAGGUCUGAGCGCUCGAGAGACCGAGGGACUGAUCAGAGAAGCCGGCAGGUCGCUGCAGUCUGCCUUCAAUGCUCUCCACAGGAGCUUCGACACAUAUUUCACUGAGCUGCACGGUCGCUCUGAGCGCUCCCUCCCGGAGGCGCUGUCUCCACUCGGCGCCCUGUACUCACAGAACACCCGUCUCUACGGAGAUCUCUACACCGACCUGCGACAGUACUACCGAGGCUCCGCUCUCAACUUGGACGAGACCCUGUCUGAGUUCUGGUCCCGUCUCCUGGAGCGUACCUUUAAAAUCUCCGCUCCAUCAGAGGUCAACCUGUCAGAGGACUACCUUGAAUGUGUUGCUAAGCAACAGGAGACGCUGCGGCCAUUUGGAGACGUCCCAAGGGACAUGAAGGCGAAGCUGAUCCGCGCUUUUGUCACAGCCAGGUCGUUUGUCCAGGGGCUGAUAGUCAGCGGAGAGGUGGUCAGGAAGGUCUCACAGGUUCAUUUGAGUCCAGAGUGUAUGAAGGCCCUGAUGAAGCUGGUUUACUGCCCCCACUGUCACGGCAUUGCCUCCGUCAAACCCUGCUCCAACUACUGUUCCAACGUCAUGAAGGGCUGCCUGGCCAACCAAGCUGACCUGGACCCCGAGUGGCAGAAUAUUAUAGACACAAUGAUCCAGGUGGCCUCUAGUUUCAGCACGGAGCCCAGUCUUGAUGUGGUUCUCUCCUCUAUCCCUGCUCGAAUCUAUGAGGCUGUUCACUUCCUGCAGGAAAACAUGGACACAUUCACAACAAAAGUGUACCAGACAUGUGGUACUCCAGGUGAACCAGGAACAGGAAGUCCCACACUCCAUGAGCAGAGGAAGAAGAGCGGCUCCCUGACCGCAUCAGAGUACAAACCCUCUCCAACCGCUGGGCUCAGACUGGAGAUGCAGGUUUCAGAUUUGUCGAGUAAGCUGAGGGAGAUGCGGCAGUACUGGACCCAGCUUCCUGUGGCACUUUGCAGCAAACUGGCAGCAGGAGGCGCCGGUCAGGAUAAAUGCUGGAAUGGCAUCACAAAAGCUAGGUACCUUCCAGAGGUGAUGGGUGAUGGCUUGGCCAAUCAGAUCAAUAACCCAGAAGUAGAGCUUGACAUCACAAAGCCAGACAUGACCAUCAGGCAACAGAUCAUGCAACUCAAAAUCAUGAGCAACAGGCUGAAAAACGCACUGGAGGGCAACGAUGUGGACUUCCAGGAUGCAAGUGACGACAUUAGCGGCUCAGGAAGCGGGAUGUGCGUAGGUGGUCUGUGUCCUCGGAACAGACCGGGAUUGUAUGCCUACUCGCCAGACAACAACCGAGUCAGAGGCACAGCCACGUCUCAAACACCCAUCUGUGGACUCCUACUCCUGCUCCCAUUGACCAUCCUGCUGCUUCAGCGAUGAUGGACCACAGCUGCCUCAAAUCAGACUCUAAGUCUACAGGAGGGCUGAACCACGCAACGGACAAAAAGGGGUUUGGUGGGGGGGGAAGAUUGGAAGGUAAAUUUGCCAAAAAAUGAAAAAGACAUCUUGGGGAAUUAAUGGACGACAUUUUAUUUGACCAAGAGGAGCAAAAUUGACAGUGACAAUAUUCUUUAUUUAGUUUUGCUCAGUUUCAAUGUGUCUUAGUUUAGGUGUGAUUCAGUUUGUUGAGCUGGUUUCAAUGGAUUGUUGGAAGAAGACAAAGAGAAUGAUGGCUGUUGAUGAUGAAAAUAAUGAUGGGGAUAUUGAUAAUGAUUUAUUGACACUUUAGCAGAUCCAUUUAGCUCCAGGUUCCAGUCAGUAGGCGGCAGAGCUCAGUGAAAGAAAUGUUUGGUUCCCUGAUAUGUGGUGCGUUCAACAAGGCUUUUUUUUUUUUUUACUGGAGUCGAGGUUGACUACCUUAACAAACAUUGUGUAAGUUGUAAAUGUUUGUGUACAUUAGCUAACAGACUGGCACCAUAUUGAGCCAUGAAUGUACAGUGUAAUACUAUAUUGGCAAUGAAUCUCCCCAUAAUCUGGGAUGUAGUCGUCCAGAUGUUUUGGUGUGUGUUGGCAUAAAUGGUUACAUUGAGUUGGAUUUGUUUAAAAUAUUGCAGAUAAAUUAUCACACAUUAUUGUAUGAGAUGUUGUGAUUGCAAGAUUUUACCUCACUUUUACUGUAUACCCAACCAUUUCCAAGGAAAAGGGAAAUGACCACCUUUUUAACAACUCAUCACCUUCUUAAGAAAACAAGCAGUGUCAUCAAAGCACUUGUAAACAAGCACAGACAAGCAGUUUCCUUAAAUCCUGUAAUUUAUCCUGCAGUGAAGACUAAAAACUGCACAUUAUUCUGACACUUGUGGUUGCAAUAACCACAAAAAUCUCCACAGAGAACAUUUCAUGACAGUAAUUUUUAGAGAGGACUCCUUGUUGAACGCACACCUGCGUUUAGUAACUUUAAAGUCUUAGAAGCAGCACAGUGGCUGAUAUACAGUAGGUCAAACCAAAGCACUUAUUACACUGAACACUUUUUUACAUUUUUUGACAGCAGACAUCGCCCCGAGUACGUUUAACAUUUGUGAUGACCCUUGUGCCAGGUUUUGUAAUUGCAUAUUUAAACAAAAAAGCAUCAAUAAGAAAACAAAGGUCUUGUGCAUACAGUCCAGGAUAUUGACAACAUGUAUACAUUUACCUGGUGAUACAUAAUUUACUCGGCAUGCCUUUCUUUCAGUCUACACUACUAUACUGAUACAUAUGGGACUCCUGAUUCACGUAAGUCUCUUGCACAUACACACAUUUACACACACUGGGGUUGUGUAUUAAGCUGAUUUUUAUUCAUCAGUGUAUUUAAUCACACAUUUCAUUCAUUAAACACUGUUUGAUUGUGGCAGUGGAUUUUGCCAUGCACAAUUUGAUUUGGGUAUUGCUGAUUAGCAUCCAUUAACGAGAAACUAGAUCUUUAUUUAAAGGGGCACUCCACCAAUUUUACAUAUCCUAGUCAAAAUUGUAUAAAGUCCUCUGUGGCUCUGGAUAGAGCUUUCUAAUGUUUGAGAAAAUAAGCCUGAGGAUGUCAUAGUGAUGUCAUCAGCUUGGGCUUGGAGGCUAGAACUUUGUAACAGAAAAAACUGGGGGCAUCAGGUUUGAAAGACGUGGGUGUUUACCAGACAGGGAGGAUCAAACAAAAUGAUUAGAGUUGCAAUUACGGCAAAUAUAGGAUCUAGUGUUUAUGGAGCUUGACCCGUUAUUAGGGACUACAAGUCAGGAUAUCUCUAGGGAUGGCAAUCUCGGUCUGUCUGUUGGACCACCACUUUGAUCCAGACUGAAAUAUCUCAACAUCUAUCAGACGGAUUGCCAUGUUCCCUGCAGGAUUCAUUCGUAUCACUUACCUGUUCAUCUGGUGCAUCAGGUCAGAAUUUAAAUGUGUCUAAUAUUUGGGUUUAUGACCAAAUACCUGCUAAACCAUCGGCCUCAGCUCUACGUAAAGUAAAGGUAAACUAAAAUGAUAAAUAUGGUAAACAUUUCACCUACUUGGCAUCAUUCAGUAUGUUAGCAUCGUUAUUGCAAGCAUGUUAUUUUGCUGAUGUUCUCCAUUAGCUCAAAGCCCCACUGUGCCCAAGUACUCACAGAACCACCAGCAUAGACUCUUGUUUAAAAGUCUCUUGCAAGUCCCCUGAACUUUAUGGAAGUGCAAAACUAAAUCACUGGAGUACCCCUCUAUGUUCCUCUCAUUGUGAAGUCUGAUACAACUUUACAAACAUGUACUGUAUCUAAGAAUCUAUCCAUUAGCCACAGAGAUAUGACUAAGCACCAGUUGCUCUCAUCUUCACAAUGUCUGUGCCUGAUGCUCUGUGGCCUGUGGAUUUAGUCAUGACUCAGUCCCUGACUUUGCUCAUUUUCUAGAAAAACUCAACUUGCCAGCUGCACAACAGCUAUAAAUAAACAUAUAACUCUUUGUAACAGGCACUGACAAGCGUCAUGUGGCCCUGCUGGAGAAAAACGGGCCCACGUGUUGUGUGUGGGAAUGACAAUCCUGCACCAGUCAGGGGGUUUCGAGUUAAUGCAUGAUUUAUUUUCCUGAUGCAUACAACAGAAUAAAGCAGAGCAGCAGGCACAUACACAAAGAUUUCACUACACAUUUCUGUCUUUGAAUGCUGGAAAGGUCUUAAACGUUUUAUUUCUCAACAUCAGUAUCGUAUCUUUGGUCGAGAGGACCCGAUCUGAACAUCCAUCUGAAUUCACCCUUUUUUUGCAUCAUGGGUCUUUCCUGAAAUGUGUCUUUUCCUGUAAUUGUGAAUGAUGUGGAAGUAAAGGUAGAGUCUGAGUUUUACUGAGAUGUGGGAGGACACGUGUAGCAGCCACAGUCUACAACACUGUUGAUUUUACUUGUCUAGACAUGAAGAAGAUUUAUCGACUCUCAGCACUCUGAGCUGAGCUGUCUGUCCAUGACCAACAUUUUGAGUCCCCCCAGGUGAGAGUUACCUUUGAACAAAAGGUGCCACAACUCUUGCUGAACAAAUAUAACAAAUGUAACUUAACUCUAGAGACAGCUUAAACAUAAUUGUUCUGCUCAUGUGGCAGCUUGCAGGUCUAGAAUCGAUUUUUUGGGUCUCCAUCUGUGGUUUAAAAAGCAAUAAACUCAGUGCUAAUGUGUUUUCUUGUAGACGUGGCUAAUUUUCUUAACCAAUUUCAAAUGCCUCCAACUGCUGGCUCUAAGAUUAGAAGCAUCUCCCGCUCUUUGUCUGCUUUUCACUUACACACAGACAGAUACACAACUCUUUAAGAUACUGGUCAAUGUGUACAAGGAUGCAAUAGCCACUGAAUAAAGGUGAUUGUUGUCGUGGUA